CCAGCGGUGACAGCGCGCGCCUCUCACAGCGGAAAACAAGUGCACUGCAGUUGAACGGCGCAUUCGGUGUGAGGUCGGUAAAGCAGUCGAGCCUGCUCGUCGGCGAACCUCUCCCUCACUCGAAUCCGUAUCCGCGUUGAAGUUUUGUCCUCAAGAUCCCGCAAGUCGAAGGCACAGGAGAAUAAUCGUAGUGCUGGACACACAGUUCGGAUAUUGCCGAGAACGCUGAGGGCUGAGAAAUGGCAACGACAACUUGCACGCGCUUCACCGACGAGUACCAGCUGUAUGAAGAACUUGGAAAGGGGGCCUUCUCAGUCGUGCGACGUUGUGUCAAGCUGUGCACGGGCCAAGAGCAUGCUGCCAAAAUCAUCAACACCAAAAAGCUCUCGGCAAGAGAUCACCAGAAGCUGGAACGGGAAGCCCGUAUCUGCCGUCUGCUCAAGCAUCCCAAUAUCGUGCGGCUCCAUGACAGUAUAUCAGAGGAAGGCUUCCAUUACCUCUUAUUUGACCUAGUGACGGGUGGAGAGCUGUUUGAAGACAUCGUGGCCAGAGAAUAUUACAGUGAAGCUGAUGCCAGUCACUGCAUCCAGCAGAUCCUGGAGGCGGUGCUUCAUUGCCAUCAAAUGGGCGUGGUGCACCGAGAUCUCAAGCCGGAGAACCUGCUCUUGGCCAGUAAAUGCAAGAACGCCGCCGUCAAGCUGGCCGACUUUGGCCUGGCCAUUGAAGUGCAAGGGGACCAGCAGGCCUGGUUUGGGUUCGCUGGAACGCCAGGUUACCUUUCCCCAGAAGUGCUACGAAAGGAGGCUUAUGGGAAACCUGUGGACAUUUGGGCAUGUGGAGUCAUCCUGUAUAUUCUGCUGGUGGGAUAUCCUCCUUUUUGGGAUGAAGACCAGCACAAACUCUACCAACAGAUCAAAGCUGGGGCUUAUGACUUCCCCUCGCCAGAGUGGGACACGGUCACCCCCGAAGCCAAAAACCUCAUCAAUCAGAUGUUGACCAUCAAUCCAGCCAAGAGAAUCACGGCCCAGGAGGCUCUGAAACACCCGUGGGUCUGCCAACGUUCCACUGUGGCGUCCAUGAUGCACAGACAGGAAACAGUCGAGUGUCUGAAGAAGUUCAACGCAAGAAGAAAACUCAAGGGAGCGAUAUUGACCACCAUGCUGGUGUCGCGCAAUUUCUCUGUGGGCAGGCAGACCACGGCACCCGCCUCCGUCUCUGCAGCCGCUGCUGCGGCCGGUACCACCGCCGGUCUGGUGGAACAAGCAGCCAAGAGCCUGCUCAACAAGAAGGCCGAUGUCAAGAAACGGAAAUCCAGCUCCACCGUUCAGUACAUGCCACAGUCAAACAGUGCCAAAAACAGCAUAGUCACCAGUCCCAAAGGAAACGUCCCUUCUCCUGCUCUGGAGCCUCAGACCACUGUUAUCCAUAACCCAGUGGAUGGGAUCAAGGAAUCUUCAGACAGCAGCAACACCACCAUUGAGGAUGAAGACGUCAAAGGGAAAAGCCUAGAUAGCAGUUCAGUUAAAGCCCCCUCUGAAGUCAGCCAAUCACCUCCGGGCUCCGCCCCUGCCAUCUUCUCACGCAAACAGGAAAUCAUCAAGAUCACGGAGCAGCUGAUAGAAGCCAUCAAUAAUGGGGACUUUGACGCCUAUGCGAAAAUCUGUGACCCUGGAUUGACAUCCUUUGAACCCGAGGCUUUGGGGAACCUGGUUGAGGGAAUGGACUUCCAUAGAUUCUACUUUGAGAACUUGCUUUCUAAGAACAGCAAGCCCAUCCACACCACCAUCCUGAACCCUCACGUGCACCUGAUCGGAGAAGACGCCGCCUGCAUCGCCUACAUCCGCCUCACUCAGUUUGUGGAUGGGCAGGGCCGGCCACGCAGCAGCCAGUCAGAAGAGACUCGCGUGUGGCACCGCCGGGACUCCAAAUGGCAGAACGUUCAUUUCCACUGCUCCGGUGCUCCGGCUGCCCCUCUCCAGUGAAGAGCGGCCCUGCAACCGAUACAUUAGAUGCGAGUGCCCUUCACGGAGGUGAAGGACAGGGAGGACUGAUAGGACGGCAGCAGAGGUCCAGCGUCGGAGCGCUCCGAACCUUCCAGCCUUCCAACGCUGGACACAGCCGUCCUCCCCUGCAUGCAAACCGACAGUUCUCUCUCUACCUGCUGGGCUGCUCUCACCACAGCGUCCAGAACCACCCUCACCUCCGACUCCACCCAGCACGCUCCCGACCGACCGACCGAAUCUCUUUAUGCCAAGACUCACCACCGACGCAAGAGCAGCACCGCAUAUAUUAAUCAUCGAGAGCGAUCAUAGACUCCAGGUUCCCGUCUAGAUUUCUAAUAACCCGCACGAUUGCCUUCUAAUCCAUGGUCCUUUGCGCUCGUCUUCACUGGCCUUAUGCCCCCUGUGCCCAGGUACUCCCAAAUAUAGUAGAUCAUGUUUUAAUAAAAAUAUCAUUAUUAUUAUUAUUAUUGUAUUUAUUGUUAUUGUUACUACUAUUGAUUAUAAAUGAUUAUUACUUCCGUCAGGAUUCUAAGUAUUGCUGUUGUUCUUGAGAUUGUAUAAUUGAUGGUCAAAUUACUGAUGUUUUGUUUUAAAACACUUACUUUUUCUCUUUUUUUAAGCAUGGAUUUGAAGAUUUUCUUUCUUCUUUUUUUUGGUGUUCAAGUAAUCUGAAGUCUAUUUCGGCGGCGCUGUAUAUGUUCAAGUUCACAGCUCGCUGUUAAAAAUAAAAAAGCAGCAGCGCACACAUGAUUUUAUGAUUCAAAACUCAUAAUCAAUGUUCUCACGAAUAUGGUGGCGAGCAGAUUUUUUGUCACCGUGAUCAGUGUUUGUAUUAUCAGGUCACCAAUCAGAUCUCUUGGAGGCAGCUGACAUCAUCACAUCAUUGAGAUUCGCCUCGUAUAUAUCUGCAGGUUGCCAAGUUGAAUUUCCUUCAAACAGAGCUGUUUGUCUCUAAAUAGAAGUAUAAUCUCAUGUAUUGGCCCUUGAUGACCAGCAGCUGAUGUGUCCUUCUUAUUGACAAUCAAUGCUGAUCUGGUUUUAUGUGAGUUUUAAUGGUUUGUGAGACUAGGAAUGUUUGUUUAAGCUUGUCUUCUUUUUCUGAAGGGAUCUUGUAGGACGUUUGGAGAGAGUACAGCAUGUUGUUUUUAAGGGCCUUUAUUGUAAAGCAGCAGCUAAUUUACCGCUGUUCGCUGGCUAAGUGUGUUUGAGAUUCAAAUAGCCAUUCUGGAUCCCACAGUGAUCAGAAACCUGUGAAUUUUAACGUGUUUCUACCUUCGUCACAGGAACGUUGUGAUCACCUCGACUCAGGCACCUACAGCUAUCAUUCUUUGUUUUCUUUUUGUUCUGUACACGCAGGAACUUUUUAUAUGUAAUUUAUGUGGUGUAAUUAAGGCGGUUUUGUUCUUUUGUGUGUGUUUUUUUUUUUUUAAGCGUGUAAGAGUGUGUGUGCGUGCGUGCGUGCGUGCGUGUGCAUGUACGUGUGUGUGGUUUUACAAUACAAUGGCACUGAUAUCCUGAAUGUGAAAGCAUCGUCACUAUAUUAAAGUGUUGAAAGCCAUAAUGCACAGAGAGAGAAUUUCCGGCGGAUUUGUAACGACGUUUCUCUAAGUGUUGUCUUUCUGUCUAGCAGAACUGGAAGACAGUCUUACGUGGAUUGAUUAGGGGGCAUCCUGACAACUGGUACUGUUAGUUUUUGACGUCCUGUCAAAAUAUUUCUCUCCUACUGAAUGUGGGCCGCUAUCUGAAGUCACAUGACCUUUGUUGAGGCUGCUCAGUGUGUUUUAUGUUUUUAAAGGAAUAGUUCACCCAAAAAUAAAGCUGAAAAUGUACUCA